AUGGACACAACCACCCCUGAUUGGUCCAGUCUUCCAGACCACCUUCUCGCCUCCAUCGCAGAGCAGCUCCCCACACGAAUUGAUACGCUUUGUUUUCGCGCCGUUUGUAAUUCAUUUCGGUCCUCAAUUCCUCCCCCGCCCAAGCCUCUGUCUCCACAUGCGGGCCUUAAAAUUCCCAUGCCAUAUCUUGCAGGCCGUCGCGGACACUUUGUGCUUGCCGAGUUCACUUUCUAUGCCAUCAAACCCCUUCUUAGUAUCUCCAAUCCACACCAAACUACGUAUACAUGGUUAGUCAAAAGCGAGGAAUUGCACUCUGGCAAAGUUCGAUUAGAGGAUCCGCUUUGCAGACGUCGUCUUGGAAACUUGUCCAACAAGGUACCCGAGUCUGAAAAGUUACCCCAGUCUUUGGACUUGCGGAAUUAUCGGGUCAAGGAAGUAGCUAAAUCUUAUAGACUUGAAAAAGUUUAUCAAGGUAAAGGUAUUAAUAGAAAGAAGCCUGUUGUUUUCGAAAAGGCGGUUGUGUCUUCUUGCUAUGAUGAGAGUGAUAAUGGGUUCGCCUUAAUGACGAUAAUGGGAGGAUUGGUGCUGGUGUGGAGAAAUGUAGACAAGAAAUGGGCUACAAUAAUCAUCGAUUAUGAGUUUCCUCUUGAUAUAAUUUAUCAUAAUGAAAAGUUCUUUGCUUUGAUGAUCUGUGGUGUUACUGUAAUUGUGGACUCUAAGUCUUUGAGUGUUUCUGAAGUUGCCGGUCCACCGAUUGAGAUUGCGAUGUACUUAGUAAAGUCCUCCCAGGAUUUGUUUAUGAUUACGAAGAACUGGCAACGGAGAAAUGAACCAGCUGAAUUCAAGGUUUAUAAGCUUGACGAAGAGAAAUGUGAGUGGGUUGAGGUGAUAGAUGGAUUGGAGGAUUCAGUGUUUUUUGUUGGUAAUGAUGGUUCAUUCUGUGUUUCAGCUAAAGAGUUCCCAGGAUGUAAAGGGAAUUGUGUUUAUUUCAAAGAAGGUCCCAUUAGAGGUGGGAUUAUUGACUUGAAGGAUGGAACAGUUGGAGGUUUCUCUGCUUUUCCAGGAUUGCUCAAAAGUGUAACUGUUCAUCAAGCUAAGCAAAAUUUCAUCUCUGGAAGGUUUAGGAGAAGAUUUUCGUUGUCAAGCACUUGGGUUGGUCUUGUAAAAACAUUUGGUCUUGUAAAAAUCAGAGCUUUUGAAGAAGAUGGGAAGACGAAAGAGGUUAAAGGAUGA